AUGAGUCUGGGCAUCGUGAAGCGACUUUUUCCGCAUCUCUACAUCAGAUUUGCCGCUGAUAAGGAAGGCGCUGCACUACAACUUAUCAAGAUAUACGAGAGGAAAUUCCUGGGAUCGUUUCUUGAGAGUAUGUGGUUUAUUAAAUGGACACGUGCGGUGCUUAAAGCAUACAAUCAUGAGCCUUCUCUUGGGUACGACUUACUUUUUCGCUGUUUGAUGCGUCGCUACCACAGCCAAAGCAUUCAACUCGGCAAAGAUUUUGCCAAAAUCGAAUUGAGCGCCGCUACAUCAGAGAUGAUCUAUGAGAUCGGUGUGAGGCUUCUACAGUAUUACAAGUCGAUGAAAAUAUCAACUGAUCAUCUUUUUAAAGAGUUGGGCUUACAAGAAAAUCACAUCAGACUUGACAACCCAAACGUUGUAUUGUGGAAUUUCUAUGUGGGUUAUCUUCAUUCUGAACAAUUCUCGUAUGAAGCAUUACUGUCUAAGAUGAAGGAUCAGGUUGAUAUUGAGAAUCAGUUUAAAAUCGCGUGUGCACGAGGCGGUUUUUACUCCAUGAUCGGGUGGGGUUUGCGGCUACAUUGGUGGAAACAAAAGAAGUAUAACAAAACUACUGUGUGGUAUCAUUUGAGGCUGAAUGACAUUGAGAAGAUUGGAUACAUAAAUUGGAUAGCUAAUGCAAAGGUUUGGGUUGCAUAUGCAUGGAUCAAGGAUGGACCGCCUAGUUCCAUAUCCUCGUUCUACGAACGGAUUCGCUCUAGAAUCAGUAGCAAACAACUCGCUGAAAUGAUCGCGUCAAACAGAAAUCGAGACACAGUCGGUAGAAUACUGAACGAUGUGUAUGCUCUUGCUGCUAAGCAUGAGAAAGGAUAUUGGGCCGACUUUGUUCGCCACGUUGACAGUCUGAGUUCGUAG